UGUACACUGGUGUAUAUUCGGAUUUGGGGGUUACACAUGCAGUAACAUCUAGGAACAAGCCAAGAGAGAAAACAACCGAUAGUGUAAAGGUAACGCCUGCUGUUUACCGACUGUGUAAGACCAAAUUGAAUCAUGGACCGACCCCGGUCACGUUCAGGUUGGAGAGUGCUCAGGCGCCGCAUAAGUGGACUGACCCCGAGGACCGCGCCGGCCCUGCCAGGGGAAACCUCCACGGAUGGCGACUACGUAGUCCUGAGAGAAAUCAGAGAGAAACGGAAAGCAGAAAAGAAAAAUACGAAAUUCGCAAUAGCAGCUAUUACGUCGGACACCACUACCAACAAUAUUGCUGGGUCUUUGUCGGGCAUCCAAAACGCAGCCUUUGAAGCCAUCGAAGAAACGCCUGUCCAAGCCGAAUCGAAGGCUGGAGCCGAAAUACGGGAUAGGCUUUUACUGGAAAUCAAAGCCGACAACGUGGAAAUGGUCAAGCAGAUUGUCAGGGAGCUUCGAUCCAAGAGAAUAACGGGCACUGAGGACUUUAUGCUGACGUCCCACAGAAUGAAUGCUCUUCACUAUGCCGUGGAGAACGACGCCAAGGCAUCAGCGCGGUAUCUCAUCCGCCAUGGGCAUCCCUCCUUACAGACACAAGAGUUUGAAGUGGUCGUCAAAGGCAGCGUGGCCUCUCGGAACAUUCUACACUUACUAACACUGAAAAAUAACGUAGAUGUGGCUCAACAGGUGCUGGAGCAGGCGACAGAUCGAGACGCCAAGGGACGUCUAAUGUUGCACGAGACAGCCAUGGAGAUCGUAGGGCAACGACCUAGGACAUUUACGCCCUUCCACAUUGCCGCCUUUCAAGGUUUUGUGGAACUUGUGAAGCUGUACCUCAAACAUGGUAUAUCAGUGAAUCAUCUCAAUAGUAAAAACGACACAGCGUUACUGUGGGCUUCUCGGUGGGGCCAUGUGGAUGUGAUCCGCACUCUCAUAGCUAACGGAGCCAUGGCAAACAUUGAAAAUGAUAAAGGAUCCACCGCACUGUACUGGGCUACCAGAUACAACCACCCUGAAGCAGUGAAACUUUUAGCUAACGAGGGCAAAGCGAACGUUAACCAAGUAAGGAAAGUCGGCUUGGUUGCUCCAAUUAUUUUGGCAUCGGCCUUGGGCUAUGCUAACAUAGUUAGGAUUCUUUUGGAAAAUGGAGCGGAUGCCAACAUGGAGAUCCGAGGCGGAGAAACUCCCCUCAUGCAGGCCGCUCGAGAAGGACACAUUGCCGUGGCAAGAGUUCUCUUGGAUUUCAAGGCUUGCAUCGAUAAACAAGACGAGCGCGGUGACACUCCGUUGACAUUGGCCGCCAAGUUCAGCAACGCUGACAUCGUCGAAUUGUUGUUGCACAGAGGAGCCAAAGUCACGCAUAAGAAUCAUGAAGGCCACGGAGCCUGGCAUUACGCAAUCAACACUGAGGGAAAUGACACUCUCGUCACACUGGUCAGGUUUUUAGCAGAUAAGUCCGCGCCGGUGUCAAUGGCGAACAGACUUACAAGAAAACCUCCACUGUGUAUCGGAGCCUCCCUGGGCGCGUCUGAAAAGGUCCAGUUUCUGAUAUCUCUGGGAUUAGAUCCAACUGAAAGCGACCCUGCUGGCAACACCAUGCUCCAUCACGCCGCCAUCAAAGACCACGAAGAGGUGAUUAAAAGUUUUCACCAACAGGUUGGAGUUGAUCGUCAAAACAAGACUGGCGAUACUCCACUCCAUAUUGCCUGUUUGCACGGUCAUUGUGACUGUAUUUCUGUUUUGUUGCAGUGUAAAGCCAAGGCGAACAUCAAAAACUCCAGGGGCGAUACAGCUCUCCACGUCAUGGCGAGGUCGGCGAAUACGCGACCGUCGUCUGUAGCAAUGUUGAUGGAUUAUAUGAUCAAGACUCACGCUUGGGACUCUCUUCAUGAACAAGAUGCGAAUGGAAACAGCGCGCUACAUGAAGCAGCCGCUCACGCUAGUUGUGAAGUUCUGUGGGAAUUCCGUGGUUUGAGUUUCAAACAGAAAAACUCCGAUGGGAAUACCCCUUUACAUUCCGCUGUGCGCCCCAAUCAUCCGGAGGUGUUGGACACAAUGUUAGAUAUCUUCGAAACAAUGACGAGAGACGCAGACAUCAAUGAGCGUAACAACAACAGAGAGACGGUUCUUCACUUAGCGGCUCUUCAGGGAUUUGCGUCGACCACGAAAAAUCUGAUACGAUUCGGAGCGGAUCUAUCAGCCCAGGACAAGGAUGGUAAUACGGUGUUUCAUCUCCUCACCGUCGCCAUAGCGAAGGAUGCAGAAAACGCCAAACAAUAUUUAGACGUGAUGGAUGUUUUGUUUGAGGAGCUGGUAAGAUGGUGGUGCCUCUGUAAGGAGAUUAUCUAUCCCGACGACGACAAAUACCUCUACCGGCACAUCAAGAGGAAAGCCGUCCAUCAUCUGACGGCCGCUAUAUCCAACGAAGACGGUUUGUCGGUAUUAACUCUAGCUUCUAGACUGGGCGCAAAACAUGUACUGAACAAAAUUCUUAUGAUGCCUGAUGUCAAUUUUACUUCUAAGAAUGGAAAAGCACGAAUGGAUAUUACACAUCUGACGCCACAGACAAGCAAUCCUGCUACAAGUGGCCGAGGUUCAAGCAAAAUUAGUCCUUCGGUGUCCUGUAUGGAAUGGUUGGUUAGUAUGGAGGACCCCCAUAAAGCAGGACAGACCUUUGAUAUUCCCACUCUAAGACAGAUAGAGAAAAUCUACGGUGACAUUUGUGCGUGGACUUACAGCAUGUUAAUGUUACUACACUUGAUAUACAUGGCAGCGUUUAGUGCCAUAACCAUAACUCUCUUGUCGAAGCAGAGGGAAAAUGCGUCUGACUUAUACGCCAUCCAAAUAGCCAUGUACGUGGUGGUUCCUAUUGAACCUGGAAUUAUUCUGCUGUACAUGCUUUAUUUGCUGUUUCGCUACACGCUAACAAGUGACUUUUCGCGACGUUCCCAAUUGGUCAAGGGACAGAGAGGUUUUGUGGCGUUCCAGACGAUGGUCAGUAGCUAUUUCCCGAUCGUGACCGGGGUCUGCUACGCGAUAUUGGUGAUCAUCUGGGUGAUAUUGUAUCACGUGCAGUUUCAGUUCCACGACUACAUCCUCGCCCUUUCUCUCCUCUUGGGAUGGCUCUUCAGCAUUUCCUUCACUCGAGGUUUCAAACCUGUGCACUAUUUCUGGAAGAUGCUCCAGCUUAUGAUUGUCCGAGACGUAUUCAGGUUCAUCUUUGUCUAUGUAUUCAUCUUGCUAGCAUUUUCCUUCGCCUUCCAUGUUUUGUUCCAGGUGUCCGAUGGAGUGGCAAGCCUCUAUCCCAACGCCCUGGACACAAUCUUCACCACGUUUAACACCAUGAUCGGAAUGGACUGGCUGUUCGAAGGGGAGGUACAGGCAGGUUUAGCCGCAGUUGGCAGAAGCAGUGUCCCGCUAAAAGUCUUCCACAUUUUGUACGUGAUCCUCACAACAAUUAUCUUGCUUAACCUGCUUAUUGCCAUGAUGAAUGACUCUUAUCAAAAUAUCAGAGUGAACCAGACUGUCACUUGGAGGGUUGAUUCCGUAAGACUCGGACUGGAAAUUGAAACAAUGCUGCCUUGGUCGUCUUCGCUCUUUAGUCAUAUCCGAAUCAAGAAAGGAGACAUUCUGCAGCCCGAAGAUGUAGACACCGGACGGGUGUCCCCGGAUUCCGACGACAGUGGGGAUGCGGACGAUGUCCAAGCGCUGGUGCAUGAGCGCUGGUACGUAGAGGUACCGCUGGUCAACAUAACCGUUGACGGCAACACUAACGAGGACGACAUCUCACAUCAAAUUGCCGCCGUGUCGCGCCGCCUGGAAACACUGGAGGCAAAGCUUACAGACACUCUCCAAACCGUGCACCAGUCAGUAAGAGAACUUCAGAGCAAGGUCACGGGGGAACAAACCGAUUUGUGAGGAGUGGAAAAAAGAAGAAACACAAAAGCACGGUGCCUGAAAGCUUGAAGUGAUACAGAAUCGACGCUUGUUGCGUAGAAUGUAAGAUAUAGUCCAGGUCAAGCCUAAGCUGAGCUGAAGUUCUUCAACAUUUUUGCACAUCAAGUAGCAGUUUUCUUUGAAACUUGUGCUCCUUUUAAAUUCUAUUUUGGAGACAAAUGUGCUGGCCAUUUUCAGGACUUUCAGUCCAAGUUUACCUGUCUACACAGAAAAUAUGGUGGAGUAAACAUUCGAAAAGUUUAAAGAGUUACAGUGUGGCACAUGUAUUCAAGUAUGGUAUAUUUCAACUCAGGAAAUCCUAUCAAUACUGUUAGCCAAAUAAAAUCGACUCUGUAACCGUUUAAAGGGGUACAGAAUCGUCGCUGAUUUCCUCGUAUAAAGGAUAGACAAUUCAGGCCUUACGCUAUGAGCUGAGUUCAAUUCGAGGUAGUUAUUUAUCUCAUCAAUUUAUUUAUUCAAGAUUGAUCAAUACUGUAGGAUUUAACCCAGGAAGGCAUAUCUUCAUUGUCAGUAAGCAUCGAUUUUAUCCGGUUUUAUGAAAAACUUGGGUGAGGUUCAUGAAGCGUGCUCAGUGUUAUAUCGCCCUUACCUAUAUAGCUUCAUAUAUCUCCAACAUUACACUGUAAUAGCAAUUAAGGGCUUACUUCGCACUUCAUGAAACCCGCUGCCGAUCCCACAAAACCCAAACUGACCUAUGUCAGAAUUUGAAAUAUGAUUUUAAAGCUUAUUUUUGUGUCUUAUCAAUUACCUCUUAAAUGUGAUCUUAAGACAAAGGUUCCAUUACAACUUCCAGUGCCAAAAAAUAAGCAUUGUGAUGAAGUUUUCAAUUUUGACAUGAAUGAAAAAUUGGCGCUGUGGUAUCGACCCCCGGGGCCUGAAGUUUAGCCUAGUAUGGCUCAUAUCUAUACAGUACACUUCGUCAUGGUAGUUAAGAACUUAAUUAAAUAAGUGCUAUUCGUGAAACCGGCCAUUGAUGACCUCGUAGGAAUGACGCAGCACAUUGCAGCACGCAUUAUAUUUGUCUGAAGUGCGCAGCCAUGGUUCCAGUAAGGCUGAGUUUGGGCUUAUCCCCGCUGACGUCAAGUGAUGACAACAUCACGUGAAAAGGCAUAAAUUUGAGACGAAAUACCAUGUACAGAUGUACAUAUAUUUUUGAAAUGAAUAUACAUGUAAUCGCGCAAUACUGAGAAAAUGUUUUA